AUGGCAUCCCUCUUAAUAGAAAGCCUAUCCCACAACAAAACCAGUUUCAAAGUUGCAGUAAGAGCCAUAGAACUUCUCCUUCUCUCGGCCGGAUUAGUCUCAACUUUCCUCAUGUUCAAGGGGGCUGUUUCUCCAUAUUCUUAUGAUUUUAUGCUGUCAAGUUUGAGGAAACCAUAUUCCUACUUCAGGAGCUGGUUGUCCUCUACUUUUUAUAUCUACAUCAUGAUGCAUCUCAUUGUCAUCCUCAUAGCAGUUUCCUCCCAUUUCUACCAUCCAAAAAUGGACAGCAACGGUGACAUUGAAGAUGGUGGUGAUGGUGAGGAUUACGAUAUACAUGGUGCUUUCUCGCCUUCUUUGUCACCACCACCAGCUCCUCCUCCAACGCAGAUUAACAAUCAAAAGCACAGCCAAGAGACAAAACCAAAGGAUAUACAUGUGGUAGCAGCGGCUGCCGCAGCAGCAGGUGGAGGAAAUUCCAAGACUACAAAAGUUCCCGUGGAGAAUCAACAAGACAUUCAAGACAACGUUGAUGCAUCUCUUCUGAAUCUUUUUUCUGAUUUUUCAAGUUUGACGGCGGCCAAAGGGAUUGAAAAGGCUCCAACAACAAAAGCCAAAUCUGCAACAGCUAGCUUAAACAUUCAUCAGAAAGAUGGUACUAGAGACAAAAAUGGUGUUGAGAAAGAAGAUGAUGAAUCUUUCGAGGCAAUUUUUUCUAAAUUGACAGAAGCCAAGGAGAUUAAAAAGUCACAUUCAGUUGACUCUUCACCACCACUCAUUACAACCCAAAAGACUGCAAUAACAAGUACAACAAAGACUGGACAGCAAACAAUAAAGUGGUUGCAAAAUCAGUUUGAACAGACACAAGAACAGCUCGAAAGUGAAGACUUCGAUGUGGAGGGGGAGGAUGAUACAAUGGAGGCAACAUGGAGAGCCAUCAAGGAAGGAGGAACGAAGGCACAAAAGAAGCAACUCAACAAGAGCGAGACCUGGCCACAACCUCAAACAGUGGUUGCAGCACAAGAAAACUGCAAUAUUGAUUUAGAGGAGGACAUGGCAAUAUCAGCUGCUGCAUGGAAAGACCUGAGGAAGUCCAUGACCUUCAACGACACUGUUUCCAUAAGAUUUAGAGGAGGUUUAAUUAGAAAGGACCCUUCAGUGAAUCUCGAAGAAUUCAAUGAAAGAGUUGAGGACUUCAUCAACAAGUUCAACAAUGAAAUGAGGCUACAAAGGCAGGAGUCUGAACAGCGUUAUCUAGAUAUGAUUAGUCGCGGGUUCUAA